AUGUGGUUCAAACAUGAAGAGUUUGAUAUCUUUGUGAAGGAGGAAUGGAAGAAGUUAGUGGUUGGAGGAAGAGGUGACUAUUGCUUGGUCGAAAAGUUGAAAACUCUUAAAAACCGGUUAGCUUGGUGGAACAAGAGCGUCUAUGGGUGGAUUGAUAUCAAAAUCAAUAGUGAUGGGAGAGAGAUGCACGCUUUAGAUAACUUGUUUGUUCAUUUUGCAGGUAACGUUCCGGAUGAUGUGGUAGCAAAAAGACUUAAAGUGGCGGAGGAUUUUUGGGAUAACAUUAAUAAGAGAGAAGGCAUACUCCGCUUAAAGUCAAGACAACUUUGGCUAUCCGAAGGUGACGACAACACUCGUUACUUUCACAAUUCGCUUAAAGAUAGAAGAAGAAGGAAUGCCAUUUGCUCUAUUGACUCACCGGAGGGAAGAUUAGAAGGGGUUGAAGAAGUUAAAGAGUUCACCUUCAAGCACUUUGAGAAGUUCUUUAAAGAAGAUUGUCUUUCAAGACCGGAGCUUAGAGGGAUCAAUUUUAACUCUUUGUCUUAUGAAGAUUCAUCGGGCUUAGAGAAACCUUUUGAAGAAGAUGAAGUGAAGGAAGCUAUUUAUUCUUGCGAUGGCAACAAGAGUCCGGGGUCGGAUGGCUUCUCUUUGGAGUUCUAUAAAAGGAAUUGGUCCAUCAUAAAAGAGGAUUUUAUGAAGUGUUGCAAUGACUUAUAUCAUAAAGGUACCCUUGUUAAAUCCAUCACAUCCUCUUUCCUUGCGCUAAUUCCUAAGAAGAAGAAUCCGCAAGACUUGUUUGAAUAUCGACCCAUUUGUCUAGUGGGGAGUAUUUAUAAGAUCAUAGCAAAAAUGCUAGCGGCUAACCAAAAACUCCGCUUUAACCAAAAACUUGUUUGUUCUUGCAAUGGAAGGAUUGACCGCUUUAACCAAAAACUCCGUGGAGGAGAGCCCACUUACGACAAUCUUUGGAGUCUAAAAGUGUUGUUGAGAGGCUUUGAAUUGGUAUCCGGUUUGAAAAUCAACUUCCAUAAAAGCAACUUGUAUGGAACGGACAUUGGAGAUUGGUUUUUAAACUUGGCGACUACUUUCCUUGCGUGCAAAAAAGGUUGCUUCCCGUUUAAAUUUCUUGGUAUUUGGGUGGGUGAAGGCGCAAAUAAGAAGAAGGUGUGGCAAGAAGUGAUUGACAACUUAAAAUCAAGACUCUCUGAAUGUAAAGGUAGGAACAUCUCCAUCGGUGGGAGGGUGACUCUUAUUGGUUCCGUUCUUAAUGCCAUUCCCAUUUUUACUCUUUCGUUCUACAAAGGUCCAAGCAAAAUUAUUCAAGAUAUAAGAAGUCUUCUUAGCAACUUUUUGUGGUGUGGGAAUACUAAAUCGAGAUGUAUUCAUUGGGUGAAGUGGGAGAAUGUGUGUAAGCCUAAAGAGAAAGGAGGGUUAGGUAUUAGAGAUGUGGGAGAAAUGAACAAAGCUUUACUUCUUAAAUGGAAGUGGAGAAUCUUAAAGGAAGAUAAGGCUAUUUGGAGUAGAUUUUUACUUUUGAGAUAUCAAGAUCCCAAAACUAAAGUGUUGGCUUCUAGUAAGGAUCUUUUAUCCGGAGAUGAUUCCCGAAGAAACAUUCUCUUUUGGCAUAACUGUUGGGUGGAUGAUCAUCCGCUUCGCGUCACCUUCCCGCUUUUGUUUGCUAGAACAACCAACAAUCUUUGCACGGUGAGUGAUCUCUUCACCUUUAACCAAGGUGAAUUCACGUGGAAGUUAGAAGAUAUUUUUGAUACGGAUGCGCUAAAUCCGUCGGUUCCGAUUGCUUCUACCUACUCCACUUCCGCUUCGGCCUCGAAUAUAGGAGAUGAACUUAGGGACUUGAGGUUGAUUCUCCAACGGAUGGAGCCGGACAUUUUGGCUUUGGAUGAUUAUCAUUGGAAGCUAACUUCAAACGGAUUUUUCACGGUGUCUAGUGUCUCGCACUUGGUCUCAAACGCAAAGGAGUUAGCUUGGCCAACUUCAACUACCAAGUUGUUAGAUGUCAUUUGGAAGAAUAAAAUACCGGAAAAGAUUAAGAUUUUUGCGUGGAGAUUCUUCAUCAAUAGGUUACCUCUAAAAGAUCAAUUAGCCAUUAGAGGUGUGCCUAAUCUCUCUUCCAUUGAUUGCCUUUUUUGUUCAAACAAUCCAGAAACUUUGGAACAUCUUUUUUUCCAUUGCCAUGCUACAAAAGAGGUGUGGAGUAGAAUUCAUAGGUGGUUGGGGAACGAUUUGAAGCUUACCUUAGAGGAGUUCAAGAAUUUUGGGAGCAUCCAAGAAAAGGUGAAAAACACCAACAUUAAAGUUACUCUAAAUUCGAUUUGGAUAGCCUUAAUUUGGUGUACGUGGAAUAUGAGAAAUACAAUGAUCUUUGACGGAGGUGUUUUUAGCUUCGACGAGGUGAUAUCAAAUAUCAUGUUUUUCUCAUGGAGGUGGGCUAGCAACAAGGAACUUCCUAGUAGGAUAAAUUUUUAUGAUUGGUAUAAAUUGCCAUUACUUUGUAACAUAACUCUCUAG